AUGCGACAUCAUCAAAUUCCUUUCGGCCGGCGCUGGUGCUCCUCCCCUUCUUCUUCGUUGUCCACCUCCUCCUCCUCGUCGUCUUUACCGUCGAGCAACAAAAGAAGACUCAAUGCAUUGGGGAGGAGUAUCUUCCCCAAUGGAAGAAAAACGAUCAAAGUCCAGGACGAGGUUGAGAACAACAACAGCGACGCGGCGAUGAUGACAACGACGAUGAACACGAAGAAGAGAACGAAGAUCACUUCGACGACGUCGACAAAAGUGGCGUUUUUUGCACUCGGCGACAAAAAUAGACGGAAGAAGUGUUUCGUCGUCUCCAGAGGAUCCUCGAGGAGAGGCAUGAUUGUUACCAAAGCCUCCUCUUCGUUUUCGGGGCGAACGACGAGCGGAUCUGGCGGCGAAAAGAACGAGAACAAAACGGGGUUGUUUCAGAACGUUCCAGAGCCGUACAAGUCUAUAGUUGCCAUCGCGUUGGCGACCGUAUUCGCGUCGUUAAUUGCGAACAGCGACUUGUCGAUCGCGUUUCCGUACUUGGCGCCGGUGCAGAGAGGGUGCGAAAUUGUGAGCGUAAACGCGAUUAAAACUUUACUGUUGGUUACGGACGGCGCGUUGGAUACGGCGGAGUGCGCGUGGAUUUUAUUGAAUAAGAUGCGUGCGCCGUCGCAAGAAGUGGUGUCUGGGAUGAUUGGGAUGCUUUCUGGAGUUGCGGCUUUAAUUGUCGGCGCGGUUGGUACCGGGGCGUCUGCGGUUGGCGCGGCGUUUGCGUUUGUGACGUCCCGAAUUGCCAUGUAUCUCGCGACGCUUGUCGUGUGGGCAGGUACAGGGAGUCCGGCGUUUGUUUCUGCGGUCGUUGCGAGUAUGCAAGGGUUGUCGACGCCGGUGGUGGUUGCCAUCACGGUUGGCGCGACUAUCUUGAUACAGAACGCGUGGAAGAUGUGGAGAGGCGACGGAAUUGAAAGUAGCAGUAGUAAUACAGUUGCGGAGGCGGUACCUCCGCCUCCGCUCAAGGCGGAACGGGUCAUUCGAUCUGCCGCGGCGAUUGAAACGCCGCCGCCGAGACCCUCGCCGCCGCCGCCACCACCACCACCACCACCCGUUGUGUCUGAACCAGUGGUGGCACAAUCGGUUGUAUCUGAAGUCGUCUCGACGCCGGCUGUUGCAUCCAGCCCGCCACCGUCGACGCCGCGAGUGGUUGACAACGAAACCGAGGAAGUCAGAAGAGUCUUCGAACGUCUCAAAGCAGAGGCGGAAGCGAACGCGAACAUCGCCAAUUUGAAUAACAAAGAGAAAAGGGAUGGGACGAAUAGAGUUGGCUCCAAGCAGCGAUUCCAAGCAUUUACUUAUCUGGUGAAGGAAACUUUGGACUCGAUCAAAGGUGUUACGAACAAAGACGCAGACGAAGUUCUCUUCGACGCGAAAUUUCAAGCGAAAGAAGUUGCCAGCAUCACCUCAAAGAAGUUAAACGAAACGUUCUCCGAUAAAGAGCAGUUUGAAGAAAGGUUGAAGAGAACGUUCAAGAAAACCACCAGCAUCGCCAACGAAGCCGUCCUCGCCGCGACGCCGGUGUUCAAAGAACUCUCUCCAGUGCUCUCGAAAUCAGCGAAGAGAGCUGCUCGACAGUUACGAAAGGUUGACGUGAGUCAAAUGUCGACUUCUUCCGUCGAAACUACUAAGUUUGACCUUCCGAAAGUAGAGAUGCCUGAGAUGCCCAAGAUGCCCAAGAUGGAAAAGCCGAAAGUUGACACACCAACGAAAGAAAAAAAAGAAACAAAGAAAGUAGAAGAAAAGAAAGAGGAAUCGCCAAAACCGUCAGCAUCAUCAUCUGUGAUUGAAGAGAAGGACACUAAAGCCAUCGAAGCCGCGAAGAAAGAAGCGGCCGAGAAGGUUUUGAAGGAGAUGGCGGCGUUGGAAGAGCAAAUGUCUCGAGACGUUGAAUCCGCGCGCGACAAGGUCACGGAAGCGGAAAGGGAAGCCGGCGAAGCCUCUACAUCUGCAUCUUCCAGCGACGACGUAGAAAUCUUAAAAACUGCAGACGGUAUGUUGCGCUUUUCCGUCGACGAUGACGAAGAAGGCACGGUCGCGCCGAAAGUAUCAGGAGCCGCCUCCUCCAAAAAGCUCAACGUCCCUGACGUCGAGCUUCCAGCAGGCACGAAAGUCAUUCGAGAUUCCGAAGACGACGGCGAUACGAAGUAG